AUGGCAAAAGGCAGUGCGAUAGCAGGCAGUACAAACAGUUUAAGACCUCUUUUCCAAGUUCCAUCAAAUCCAAGGCCUGGCGGAAUUCAUACAGAUGCACUGGAGUGCUACGCUUGUACUGACUGCCCGAAAAUAUACGAAAAUACGACAUCCAAAAUAUGUCCGCACUCGCUGGACGUCACAAGAGAAAAGAAAUGUGUUGUUUACGCUGAGCAAUACAGGCAUAUGAAGAGAUCUUGGUACAUUCGCGGCUGCGCUUCAGAAAGAGGUUCAUGUGCUGACAUCAAAAAGGCCCAUGACUCUCAUUCGGACAUUGUCAAUUUACUGUUCUGCCGAGAGUGCGAAGGAGACAAAUGCAACACAAGUGGUGGUGACCGAUCCCUCUUUGAUUUGACUCUAGCUGUGUUUGCAGUAAUCAUCAGUCCAAUCGUUGCAAAAUAUACGCUUUCUUAG